GUCUAAUUGGUAUGCGUUUAUAUAACCUAGAAUAAAAAGAUUACCCUCCAUGAUCCAGACCGUCGAAUGCAUUUUGCAAAAUUAUUGACUAGUGAUGCGUUUUACAGCAAAGAGCAUCCUCUAAAAUAUUUUGCCAGCUUCUUCUUAAGCAUUUGUCAAUCACGUUAUAAAAGAUUGUGCAAGCAGUGGAGACAGUGGGGUGAUGAUUUGGCUAUUGUGACCAUAUCAUAAUCAUAAAAUUGUUUACAUCAGUUAAAGGAACAAAAAAGGUUUAAGAUGGUGAAGAAGAGUGGUCGGAUGUCAUCUACGAGCCUGCGGAGUGGCGCGGCGAUGCCCAUGUUGAUGAUGGAAUGCUGGGACGAGAGCCUUAGUCCGGUGCAGAUAGCGGCCUACAAAGAAAAAGUACUGGAGUGUCAAAGGUCACAGGAAAAGGUGAGAGAAGCUCAUCGCCUGGCCCAGCUCGGUAAAGCUAUUGUUACUGUCCUUGAUGAUCCUCGGAAGCGCGUCCCUCCCCCGACACUACAGCAGCUCAGUCCUGAAGUGAUACAGGGGGCCCAGGCGCCGCGAUCUACACCACAGGAGCCACCAAGGUCUACUAGUCCUGAUAUUAUCUUUAUUGGGGAGAGUCCACCUGUACAGAAGACACCACCGGCACCACCCGCCCAGGUAGCUCAGGCCAGGGCACCGCUAAGUCACUUCCCUGCGGUUCCUCGACAGCUGGUACAGACCGUCCAGAUGCCCGGGAUUCAGCUGCAGAGGUUUCCCUCCCAUCAGCCACAGACAACAGCGCUACAGAUUCAAGGGGGAAGCAUCAUUAUUCCUCAGAGAGCCAACAUACAGCAAACUCUACAGCAGUUAACGCCAGUAGAUGGCACCUAUGGUAUUGGGGUCAAAAGGGCAUUACCACAGCAACUGGAGGACACCAGUCCGAAACGCAAGAGAGUGGAAACAGACAAUCAAGGUAACUGGGUGCCGCUGGAUGAGUUUUAUUACGGAAAGAUGGAGGGAGACCCAACAUACAGCGAAGAAAAGAAUGAAUUCAGGUUCAAGUGUUGGUACUGCAAUAAGAUGUUGUAUAACAACAUUAAGGCAAUGAUGCACAUCCAGGGCCAUAUUGACUCCAGUAAACAACAGAACAUCGACCUGAGUGACCUGACGCAGUGUAAACACUGCUAUAGACAGUUUGAUACACCAUUUGAGAUGCAAACUCAUGUGGAAAAGGUACAUAUGAAUAACGUGAAUGUGCUGAUGUGCCGUAUUUGUGAGCGGGACCACCAGUCACGUCAGGCCCUGAUGACACACAUGCGGGUCAAUCACAAUGCAUGUGAGAUGCCGUACAUCUGCCAGCUAUGUAAAUUCCGAUCUUCCAUGUACAGUGACGUCGUCGACCAUUUCAAAAAGAAACACGACAGCUCGCAGCACAUUCUGUGUCUAUACUGCCUUAAGGUGUUUGCGGUUAAGUUCGUGUCGCAAGGGUGGGGCCAGACCCAGACUUAUUAUGGACAUCUCCUUAAGCAUCAGUCUAAGUCCAACAGCAAGAAGUGCACCUUCUGUAGGCUGACCUUUGUCAACCCCGCCGACUGUAAAACACACAAAAAGAAGGACCAUGCCGCCAAUCAAAAGGGAAUAGAUUCCAGACCCAGUGUCUAUGGACAGGACAUGAUGAUCAAGGUCCCGGAGUCUGGACUGUCCAGUAAACAGGCGCUGAAGUCCCUGAAUGCCCCCGCCGUCAGUAAAGUCCUGGACUUCGGUGGAACGCGAUUCCCUUACGCCGUGAACUACAACAGCUGUGUGGAGUGUAAAACUGUAAUGGGGACACCGGAUCAUUUCAGAAAACACAUAGAGUGUUCCAUGUGUCGAUUUGCCACCAGUUGCAGCAUCGCAUAUGCUAAUCACAUGAUGGGCUUCCACUCGGGUCAAAUGUCAAGCCUCAAUCUGAACAUACCCUGGGAACGACCAAUGAAGGAGCCCAUGCACUGUCUCUGUGGAUUUGUCAGUCGCUAUGGCAACAAGAUUGCAAAUCACCUGGUGUACUGUACAAAGAGAUCCUGUUAUAGCACCAAGCCAGCCCCAGUCGUCAGGGAGACUGAAGCUCAAGAGGAUGUUGACCCGAGAUACAAACCUGGGGCCUCACUUCUAGAUGCGCUGGGACUCGUAAAAAAGAAAAACGUUUCCACAAAUCCUAAUGAAGACGAGAUGAAAAGUGUAAUAACAUUUGAAAAUAACACUGAAAGAAUGGUUCCUGAACUAUUGGAUAAUGGUGAGAGAAUAAAUGAGACAAACAAAGAGGUUACAAAUGAGGCAAUAACAAAUGAGGAACCUGAAACUACUACAAAGGAGAAAUCUGAUAACGAGGCUAAAGCAAUCGGAGAAUUUGAAAGUGAGGCUACAACAAAUAAGGAAUCUGAGAGUGAGGCUGCAACAAAGGAGAAAUCGAAGAGUGAGGCUGAAAUUGAUAAAGAUUAUGAAAAGGAGGUUACAGCAAAUACAAGGUUUGAUAGUGAGGCUACAACUAAUAAGAAAACUGAAAGUGAGGCUGAAAUAGAUAAAGAUUCUGAAAAGGAGGCUGCUGCAAAUGAGGAAUCUGAAAGUGAGGCUGAAAUAGAUAAAGAUCCUGAAAAGGAGGCUGUAGUAAAUGAGAAAUCUGAAAGUGAGGUUGCAAGGAAAUUAAUGAAGCAUAGUGAGUUAACAUUCACUGUAACUGAGAGUUACCAAAGAGAAGAGACAGAUGAAAACAAUGCUGAUAAUUCAUCUAUUACAAUGCCAGACGAGCUGAAACAAAAUGUUCAAACAGAUCUUAAAGCUGAAAAAGACUUUGCUCCAGAACAGCUGCAUUCCUCAGAUCAUCCAGCUGAAACUGUGGCGUUAGAUUUGUCCCAUGUUAGCAUGAUACAGCCAAGCAAAGAAGAUCUUAAUGAUGAAGUUGAUGAUGAUGAAUGUGAUGACGAUGAUAGUCGUAGCAUGACACAGACAGACAGCAGAGAUAUUGAUGAUGAAGUUCCAGAAGAUGUCCUUGUUGACAAUUAUAGUGUAAACAUGGCACAUCCAGGCAAUGAAGAUAUUGUUGAGGAAGUUACUGAAGAUAUUGGUAGCCAUAUCAAUGAUGGUAUUAGCAUGACAAAAUCAAGCAUUGAAGAUCUUGGUGUUGAAGUUAAUGGUGAUGUUGAUGACAAUGUGAGUGUUAGCAUGAAGGAGACAGGCAGCAAAUAUAUUGGUGAUGAAAUUACAGAAGAUGAUGAUGACUAUGAUAGUGCUAGCAUUAAACAUCCAGACAUCAAAGAUAUUGGUGAUGCAGUGAAUGAACAUGGUGUUGAUGACAGUUUUAGAGUUUGCAUGCCCAAUUCAGGCAGUGAAGAUCUUAAUGGUGAAGCUAAAGAAGAUAUUGGUAGCCAUAACAAUGAAAGUAAUAGCAUGACAAAAUCAAGCAUUGAAGAUCUGGAUGUUGAAGGUAAUGGUGAUGUUGAUAACAAUGAGGGUUUUAGCAUGAAGCAGACAGGCAGCAAAGAUAUUGGUGAUGAAGUCACUGAUGGUGCUGGUAAUGAAGAUAAUACUGUAAACAUGACACACCCAGGCAGUGAAGAUAUUGGUGCUAAUGUGAAUGAAGAUGUUGAUGAUGAUGAUGAAAGUGUAAGCAUGAUACCGCCAGGCAGUAAAGAUGUUGUUGAGGAAAUUACUAAAGAUGUUGGUAGCCAUAACAAUGAUAGUGUUAGCAUGUCAGAAUCAAGCAUUGAAGAUCUUGAAGGUGAUGUUGAUAACAAAGAGAGUGUAAGCAUGAAGCAGACAGGCACUGAAGAUGUUGUUGAUGAAGUUACUGAAGAUGUUGAUGACGAUUGUUUUAGAGUUAGCAUGUCACAGUUAUGCAGUGAAGAUCUUAAUGCUGAAGUUAAUGGAGAUGUUAAUGAUGACAAUGAUAGCAUGAUACAGCCAGACAGCAAAGUCACAGAUGAUAAAGUUUUUGAUGUUGUCGAUGAUGAUUAUAGUGUUAGGAGACAACCAGGCAGGGAAAAUAUUGGUGAUGAAGAUGCUGGUGAAGAUGGUGAUAGAGUACUUAGCAUAACACAGCAAUGCAGCAAAGAUCUAAAAGAUGAACUUAAUAAAGUUGUUGUUGAUGGGGAUGAUAGUGUGAGCCUGAUACAGCCAAGAAUGGAACAUAUUAAUGAUGAACUUAAUGAAGAUGUUUGUGAUGAUAAAGAAAGUGUUAGCAUGACACAGCCAGCAAAUGAAGUUCUAAAUGCCGCAGUUUAUAAAGAUGUUGAUAGUGACAAUAGUGGAAACAUGAUAAAGCCGGGCAGUGAAGAUCCUAAUGAUGAUGAAGUUACCGAUUAUGUUGCUGAUGAUGAUUAUAAUGUUAUCAUACAACCAGGCUCCAAAGAUGUUGAUCAUGAAGUUACAAAAGAUGUCUACAUUGACAUUGAUAGUGUGAGCAUGACACGGCCAGGCAAUGAAGAUUGGGAAGAUGAUGUAGGUGAUGAUACUAGUGAUGAUGAUAAUGAGGAAGAAGAUGAUAUUCCUUCAGAAGAGAAAAGACUUUCAAGCCAUGAAGAAGUGGAGGAGGUGGAUACUGAGGAUGUCAGGCUGGUAAUUACUGACAGAGAUGAAAAGGAGAUGAUGAGUGGUAAAGGUCUUCCUUAUGGGGAAUUCAUAAUCAGAGCAGAGGACAAUCCCAAUAUAUACACCAGAAAGCUUGCAAGAAACAUGGAUCAAAGUAAUAGCCAGCAAUCCAUUGAGAAACUGAAUUGUGUGAGGAAGAAAAAGCACUGUUGUUUUAUAUGCCAGAAAAUGUCCUUUCAUUUGCCCUCCCAUUUUUCACUCCAUCACAGUUCAGACCCAGCUGUAGUCGGAGCUCUGAGCUGUAAUGUGACUAACAGGAAAAAAAUUUAUGACAGAUUACGUGCCAGGGGAGAUCACUUACACAACACAAUGGUGAUGAAGGAAGGGAAAGGGGAACUAAUUCUCUCAUGCAGAAAAGGGAGAUUUAAUUCCAAGGAUUUCGGUCCUUGUCCAAAGUGUCUUGUUUGGCUGCACACCAGGAAUCUAAAAAAACACCAGAGAAAAUUUCAUAACUGUUCACUAGGUGACAGUAAAUGGGGGUGCAGAUCAACUUUUGUGAACCACACGCAAGGCACUGUUCUAAUUUAUACACUUUCCAAACCAAGAACACAGGAUAAGCCAGGUAGCUCAGCUGAAGAACCAUCACAUAGAAAAUUAUUUCAUGAAAAUGAGAAUGAGAAGCUACCAAAGGAAGAAAACCCGUUGUUACUUCAGUCCUCAAAAUCUGAUGUUGGAACCACUUUUCCUGACAAGUUGGCUUCAGCUUUAACCAAGAGUUUUGAUAGACAAGAGCAAAAUGAGCAUAACACAGGAAAUUUUUGUAGUGGAAUUCCAGAUGUUGAGCAGAAUUAUCAAACAGAGCAUCCAGUUGUAGCAGAAAAAGAAUCACCUGUACGUCAGCCGGGUGAGGGAAAGUUAUCAGUUUCUGAUGUAAGUGUUGCAAACCCAGGCAGUGAAGCUCUGGAACAAGAUCUAAGUGAUGAUGUCAGUGAUGAUGAGGAGGAAGAAGAGGAUAUUGUUCCUUCACUGGGGAAUGCUAGGAAGGAACUAGACAAUUUAUAUGGAAGUAGCUUUCCACAUCGAAGCCAUCAAUUAGUUGAAGAAGAAAAAAAUGAAAUUGACAAUAUGGAUGAAUCUGAUGACGUUGGGGUUAGAAGAGAUGAAGAGGCAAUGAGUGAAGAUGAUUUUUCUUCAGAGGAGGCCAUUGUCAGGGUGACAGACAAUACAAAGCCUUUCAUUAGAAGAGUUUUAAAAACAGAAAAUUCCAUUGUUAUUGCAGAAGAUAAUCCGAAGAUUUACAUUAAAAAGGCUUUGAAGAGUGUAGACAUUAGUAAUAGCGGUCAACCCACAGAGAAACUUGAGCGUGCGUAUCAUCAGAAGCACUGUUGCUUUUUCUGCCAGAAAAUGACUCUUCAUAUACGUGAUCACUUGGUGAGGCGUCACGGAUCAGACCCUACUGUACAGGAAGCACUCAGUGUUAACCGAUUUGAUAGAUUCAAGCACAUACGGGCAAAGGGGGAUCAUUUACACAACAUGAAAGUAAUGAAGGAAGGCAAAGGGGAGCUCAUUCUCUCUCGUAGAACGGGGAGUUUUAUUUCCGAAGAUUUCAAACCUUGCCCUGAGUGCCUUGAAUGGAUGCAUUGGAGAUCGAUUAAUAGACACUACAGGAGGUUUCAUAAGCAUUGCGAAAAGAUCAGUCAGUUGGAGAGCAAUACCACUUUGGAUGGCAAGAAGCAACAUGCUGUUUCGGUCUCUACAUCAUCAGAGUGUAUCUUACAGGACAAGUCAGGUAAUACAGUUACCUCAACCAAAACUUACCACAGAGAAGAGACACAUGUUGAUAAUGGUGAUAAUUCAUCAAGAAGAAUACCAGAUGUUGCUAUGGAUCAAGGUUCUAAUACAGAACAAAAAGCUGUAGCUGAGAAGGAGUCUUCUGAAAAACAACUUAAUGAGAGAAAUUUCUCAGAAUUAUCAACUGCAACUACGGAUUUGAAUUUGUCCCAUCUAAGCACGACACAGCAAAGCAGUGCAGGUCCGGAAGAAGAUGUUAAUGAUGAUGUCAGAGAUGAUGAUAAUAGCAAGGAAGAAGAAGAUGAGGUUCUUUCAAAGAGUAGGAAGAAACUGGAUAAUUUAUAUGGCAGUAGCAUUCCAAUUCAAAGCCAUGAACUAGUCGUGGAAGUAAAAACUGAAGUUGACGAUAUGGGUGUGUCUGUGGAGGAGAGGGAAAAGAUGAGUAAAGAUGAUUUUGACGAUGGUGGUGAUAGAGGAGAUGAAGAGGCAAUGAGUGAAGUUGAUUCUUCUUUAGAAGAGGUCAUUGUCAGGGUGGCAGAGAAUACAAAGAUUUACCUUAACGAUCCCAGGACAGAAGAUACCAUUGUUAGGGCAGAGGACAAUCCAAAGAUAUACAUCAAAAAAGUUUUGAAGAAUACAGACAUUAGUGAUCAACCCACAAAGAAACAAGAUUGUGAGGAUAAUCAGAGGCAUUGUUGCUUUUUAUGCCAGAAAAUGACACACCAUUUGCCUGACCACCUCGCGAGGUGUCACAGGUCAGACCCAGCUGUGCAGGAAGCACUGAUGAGUGACCAAAAGGGAAGGUUUGACCAGAUACAGGCAAAGGGAGAUCAUUUACACAACAUGAAAGUAGUGAAGGAGGGCAAAGGGGAGUUAAUUCUCUUGCAGACACGAGAAAGAUUCAUAUCUAAAGAUUACCAGCCGUGCUUUAAUUGUUUGAAGUGGAUGCAUAAGAGGUAUUUUGAAACACAUUUUAGAAAUGUUCAUAAGAAACCUAAAGAAAUAGACCGUGGCCGUGCAGGGAUGAUGAAUGUAUAUCACCACACGCCAGUGGCUAGCUAUAGAGAGCCAGUAGCUGCAGAACCUACACAAGCGCAGCACAAUUCUGAUAAUGUGUCUGCGCAAGUAAAUCUUAUCUAUUCUCACAAUAAAGGGACACAGAAAGAGGCCAGGAGAUUGGACAAACAGAAAUGGUCAAUAGAAGAGAAAGAGGAAUUAAAGUUGUAUUUCGGUGACUUCCUUGUGAAGAGGACUUGUCCUACGAGACUUCAGUGUCUAGAUAUUCUUCAGAGGAGUAGAGUGAUGGGCGGUGUAUUACAUAGGAUAAACUGGCAGUGCAUCAUAACGAAAAUCUCACAUGAAAAUAGGAGAAACUGUAAAUCUACGAGUACUGGAAACUUUCAGUUGAAGAGGAAAGCCAACAAGGCAAAGUCCAGAGCCAAGAACAUGAAAACAUCAUGGGAAAAAGCCAUGAGCAAGUCUAUUCAGACAUCCCAUAAAGUGUUAGCACGUAAAAAAUCGAAAAGUGGACUGAAGCACAAGUCUGGAAAAAGAAUUAGCGAUUUGUCUGCUAUGUUUAAACGGAAACGCUGGACAGAAGAGGAGGAGCGUGAACUAAACUUUUACUUUGGCAGCUACCUCGCAUCCAAAACUUGUCCAUCUAAAAGGGAAUGUAUGAAGGUCAUAGCAAAGAGUGCUGAGCGCGGGGGAGUGAUACACAAAAGGUACUGGCAAAAUAUCAUCAAGAAGAUAUCGGCUGUAAACAACAAAAACAGAAAAUUGGUAGGUGUGUCCACUGAAAAUAAAAAUCCGGAGGAAACGAAAUUACCUAAAACAGAAACAAGCGUUGAAGAACAUGACAAAAAACCGUCUGAGACAGAAACAAGCAUUGAAGAACAUGACAAAAAACCGGCUGAGCCAGAAACAAGCAUUGAAGAAUGUGACAAAAAAGCUGCGGAAACAUUGGAAAAUAGACAAAAAGAUGCCACAUCAAGCGUUACUUUGCCUCUGAAGUCAGCCAGUAACCAGGAAAAAGAGGACUCUGAGAGGUUUUCCCACAUUGUUGAGCAUAAGAUCUGGUCUAAAGAGGAAUUAGACGAACUACAACUAUACCUGGGAGACUUCCUGGCCACCAAGACGUGUCCUUCAAAGAAGCGGUGCUUGGAAGCCAUAGAAUGGAGCCGAGAGAAGGGAGGGGUGCUCCAAAACAGAUACUAUCACAACAUUAUCAAGAAAAUCUCCUUCGAAAACAAUAAAAAGCGAAAAUCUGAAGAGAAACACAUUGGAAAUUUCGAUUCUGAUAAAACUGUUAGAACAAAAUCAGUGUCCAGCAAAGUGCCUAAUAAAAAGUCAAACAAAUCAUCGUCAAGCAAGACAUCCACUAGUGGUAAAUCUGAAGCCUCGAAAAAUAUUCAUGAGCGAAAACGUUGGUCAGAAGAAGACGAGGAAGAGAUCAGGAAAUAUUUUGGCGAGUUCCUGUCAGCAGGAACGUGUCCCUCUAAGAAACAUUGUUUAAAGGCCAUAGAGAAAAGCAAACAGAGCGGUGGAACUCUGCACACACGAUACUGGCACAAUAUUGUAAAGAAAGUAUCGAAUUUAAACAUAAAACGUUCAAAGUUUUCCAAACCAAAUUGAAUCUUAUGCCCUUUUGGGUGUUAAAACUAGUAUUCAGAUACUUGAUUAGAUAUAGACGGGUUUUAAACAGGGGACUUGAAGGCAAAUGAUAAUACUAGUACUCAGGAUACACAAAGACAGGUGUGAUAUAAGGGACUUAAAUGUAAAGGGAUGUGUAAGAUUUUUGUCUUUAAGCUUUCACAAUUGCAUUAGAUUUUGUGUUCUUUGCGUGAAUUAACAAUAUGUAUGAAUGAUACAGUCUGUAUGUAUUAUUCAAUAAAUUUUGAUUCACUGUA